CGGAGUGUCUCAUCCCACUCACACUCACCCCCUACUGGUGUAAACAACGCCACUCACUCAACCCAUUGCCAGGGGUGAAGAACCGGUUACGCCGGUUGAGCGAGGACGGUGCACCAGAGAGAGACAAGCGAGUAAUCAUGGGCUGGUUCUUCGGUGAUGGUUCCUCAGAGUCGACCUCGGAGUCGCCCUCCACCGCCCCCUUCGACUCCAACUUCUCCUCCUCGUCCUCGGACUCCGGGUUUUCCUCCAGUUUUGACUCUGGGUCGUCAAAUUUUGGUGACUCGUUUAGUUCACCGGGCGCUGGUUUUGACAGUGGCAGUGGUGGAAGCAUCGGUGGGGGGAAGGAUGCAGAACUGCAGUCCUUUCUCAUGCUUGAACAACAGAAGGCACAAAUGCAGUCAAUGAUCCACAAGAUGAACGACAUUUGCUGGGAAACCUGUGUUGGUGCUCCUGGAAGUAAACUGGACUCGCGCACAGAGACUUGUAUUUCUAAUUGUGUCGACCGCUUCAUCGACUCCACUCUCUUCAUCACCAAUCGCUUCGCCCAACUCCUUUCAAAAUCAGGGGCCAUGUGAGAUUGAGAUAAUAGUUAGGGGAGGGGGGGAGAGUGAACAAUGUUAUUGUAAUAUUAAAUAUCUAUUAAUUCAUUAUGCAAAUUUUAUAAUUAUGAUGUUGAACAAAUAUAUUACACCAGUUAGACCUGAAACAGUGAAGGUAUUGUAAUGAGUUUUUCAGUUAGGUUUUAUCCCAAUAACCAUAAAAAGGCUCAGUUGCUUAUUAGAUGGUUUUCUAAUUGUUCCAGUUGAAUAUUUUACAAGUGGUUCUUGGGUCCUACUGCACCUUGUUAAAUAUGUAGUAAGAUUGAGAGCCUCAAGGAUGCAAGAUGUCAUUUUCUUCAGAUGACAUGACAAGAUGUAAUUUCUCUUGUCUUUAGUACAUCCUUCAUGUGACCUGUGAAAAAUUACUACCUGUUAUCUGAAGGUUCUUUUUAUUAACGUGGAACUUCAAUAUGUUGUAUAGUAUCAAACGAAAUAUAAACAAACGAUUGUU